UAUUUCCCACAUUCUACCAACAUCACCUUCCUUAAACAACUUCAAUGGCCCUUUCAACACUCACCAUUGUCUCUCUACUUCUAUCUUCCUUUAGUCUUGUCUAUGGAGGUUGGGAAAGUGCCCAUGCCACCUUCUAUGGCGGCGGAGAUGCCACCGGAACAAUGGGGGGUGCUUGUGGCUAUGGAAAUUUGUAUAGUCAAGGAUACGGUACCAACACUGCCGCAUUGAGUACCGCACUUUUUAACAAUGGCUUAAGUUGUGGGUCUUGUUACGAGAUGAGAUGCAAUGACGACCCUAAAUGGUGCUUGCCUGGCUCCAUCAUUGUCACCGCCACCAAUUUUUGUCCACCUAACCCUGCCCAACCUAAUGACAAUGGCGGGUGGUGCAACCCUCCUCUCCAACAUUUUGAUUUGGCCGAGCCUGCAUUCUUGAAAAUUGCACAGUAUCGAGCUGGAAUCGUACCAGUUUCAUUCCAAAGGGUGCCUUGUGUUAAGAAAGGAGGAGUGAGGUUCACAAUAAAUGGUCACUCCUACUUUAACUUGGUUUUGAUCACCAACGUCGGAGGUGCAGGGGAUGUCCAUUCGGUUUCAAUCAAGGGGUCAAAAACCGGGUGGCAACCCAUGUCAAGGAAUUGGGGGCAAAACUGGCAAAGCAACAAUUACCUUAACGGUCAAAGUCUUUCUUUCCAAGUGACAACCAGUGACGGAAAAACCAUAACUAGCUACAACGUGGCACCAUCUAACUGGCAGUUUGGUCAGACGUUUCAAGGGGGACAAUUUUAAUUUUCUCGGUUUGAAACUAAACUUAAAGUUUUAAAAACAUAUAUAUAUUUGUAUAUGGCUUAUUCAUUGCCUUGAGGUUCGGGGUGGGGUGGGGGUAGCUCUAUUGCUGAGGUGGCUGGUUAGCACCCGCUUAGAACUGUAUCUAAUGAUAGCGUUAUUAUCGUGGUGUUCUUAUGAUCGAGUAGUAUAGUAUGCCUUAUUUGGAUUAUAGGCAUCUUAUAUGUAUGUAUUUGUCAUGAAGUUUGUAAUGUCAUCUUAAAAUUAUUAUAGUGCAAAUUGGUUAUUGCUUU